AUUUGAACUAAAAUCUUGCAAAGAUGUUUAAAUUUGUUCUUCUGAUUCAAUUGAUAGCAUUUUUAGGAACAGCUUCAGCUGAUGUUGAAGUUGCACCUCAAAUUGUUGGCGGCAAUGACGCACGGCCUGGUCAGUUUCCUUACAUGGUGUCAAUACAAACGGCUGGAUAUCGUGGAAGUCAUGGGUGUGGAGCUGGAAUCAUUAACGAACGCUGGAUCCUUAGUGCAGCUCACUGCUUACUGAACGACCGAACUGAACUGUAUGCCUUAAUUGUCGGAACUAUUCGAAUGGACGAAGAUGGAGAUGUUUACAGCGUUGAGCAGAUUGUUCGUCAUCCAUCUUAUGUGAUUAAUGUUCCUCCAUUCUAUACCAGCAACUGGUUUGAUAUCGGACUGCUCAAAACAACAACAAAAAUAAUUUUCAAUGAGUUUGUUCGACCAAUUCCACUCGGAAGACGCAGAAUAACUGGAAGCUUACCUGCAAUUGCAGCUGGAUUCGGUGCUUAUUCACCAAAUAUAACUAUAGAUUCACCAGCAACUGAAUGGGUGAUGUCAAGGCACCUACAAUACAUGCCAGCAACGAUUAUUAGCCACAAUGAAUGCAACAUCCGAACAUCAUUUUUCAAUGCCUUAAAUCCAUUUUACUUAAUCAAGCCAAUCAUCCAUCCAACAAGCCACAUUUGUACAAUUCAACCAGCCAGUGGACUUUGCUUUGGUGACUCAGGAUCAAUGCUGAUUGCAGAUGGUGAAGCCGUUGGAGUUGUUGUCAGUGGAGUUCGUCUUUGUGGUCAAGUUGAUGCAGCUCCUGAUAUUUACACUAGAAUAUCCUCAUUUACUGGAUGGAUUGACAACUAUACGAAUGAAUUGAAUUGAAUAAAAUUGAUUUUUCUUUAUUAAGUUGAAUAAAAAAUUGAGAAAAAUUGA